UUCCUAUCGUCAGCUUCAGACCUGGGCGGAAUCAUCGUUUGCCCUUGGCAUACGCCUUUAACGUAACUCUACAGCUAUAUUCCCUCAAAACGGUCCACUCCGUGGGUUUACAUAAGCCUUGAAACAUUGGCGUUUGCUAUCCAGCCAGCACUUUCUCGAUUUGAUAGACAGCAGCAGGAUACUUGUGUCAUAGUCCAACUCCAAUAUCAAGAUGGAGGAGACAGAUUCGAUCACUCCUUCGGAUCGUCAAAGUGGCCGAAAGCCUAACAAAAAGUCUACCCAACAGGAGACAGAUGCUACGAUGGCUAAUGAGGUUGACCCAACUGUCCCGGCUGCGGCUCCUCCUCCAGAAUCGGCGGAGAGAACUUCUAAGAGUGGUUCUUGUUCGAGGAAGAGCAGACAGCAGAAGAAAGAAAGGAGUCAAGAAGCCAAGCCGGCUUCGGUGAAGGACGAAGCUGAGACUUCUGGCAUUUCCAGUGGGGACGAAUCUACUUCAGAUGAUGACCAAGCCUCAGAAACCACGGCACUGGCUCCCAAAAAUCAUGCGGGAGUAAAUGGCACAAGCAAGAACAAGGAACGAACCAACGGUACCGUUUCUAAAAAGAAGACUAGCAAGGCUUCCACGAAGAAGCAGAAGAAACCCAAGAAGAAAAAGAACAAGACGUGCAGUUUUUCUGACACUGCGUCCGAUUCGGACACCGAUUCCGCUUCCUCUGAUUCUGAGUCCUCCGAUAAUGAGGAUCCUGAUACUGGAAAAAAACGAACCAAGUCCUCUUCAGGUCUCAAGGGUCAACUGAGAGCGCUCGAACUCCAGUUUGCUCAACUUCAGCAUCAACUGGGCAACUCCAAUGGUCUGCCUCCACCAGUUAACCCAAGCGCUUUUGCCUCGUUUGGAUCAUCAACUCCGUCGUAUUCUCUCCAAUAUCCUUCGAAUGCUCUGGCUUCACAAGCAGCUGGUCUCGAUCCGACACUUUUCGCUCGUCGCCGGUCCAUUGCUGCCCGCCCUAAUCGUGGCAGACGUCGACCUGGGCUACUUUCGAGAGUGCCAGACCUCCAAAUUAGUGAUCCAGAUAAUAUCACCAAUGAUUAUUUGCCUGGUGAGUUGAGGGUUAAGGGCAAGAAGCCCAAGAGUCCUGCCUUCAAACGCGUGGAUCAGGUGUGGGAUAACAGCAUACACAAUUUCAAACUUCAGGAUACGGCCGAUACAGACACCGACUCCCAGUACGACGAAUAUAUCUUUCAUGUUAGGAGGAAGUUCGACUGGGAGGGGAAGCAUACAGCAACUAUUGUCGAUAUAAAGAGCAAAUUGCUUCGGGAAUGUUUGCAGGAUGUUAUCGGCAAUGCGGAAGGCAUCAGUCUGGUAGACGAGACACCAAAAAUGAACCCCGAGAUCCUUUUCUUGUAUCUGGAAGACCUCCGUGACCAUUUGAAGGCACUGCGCAAAGCCAAGCCUGCCGGCAAGUCUAAGAAGAGUCGGAAGAAGAACAAGGACCUUCUCAAGGAAAAGAAACAGCAUCUCAAGGUACUUAUCAAGUAUCUUGACCAUGACUUCGAAAGCACAAAGGAAAGUCUCUACCCCAUGCUUAAGAAUGGUCUCAUCACAUUCGAGCUGCUCUGGGCUUUGUGGAAACCGGAUACACUGGCCUAUACCACAACCUACGGAAAUGCGAGCGAGCCACGAGUUUUCAAAGUUGAAUCAGCACACCUUCAUCACAGCGUUAUGAGAGGCAGUUAUUAUCAUGUUGAGGGGAAAUACCUAGAAUUUGACGGUAAACGCUUUGGUUACGGCAAUACAUCAGUCGAGAUAGACGGGUUCCAGGGCGCCAAGAAGAUCAAGAGUCUUCCUUGUUAUCCGCUUCAGUACCACCAUAACGAGCAGAAACUCCGACAUGACUUGAUCGAGCGAGGCAAGAAGUUUGCGUUACUGAGUGGUGUUCAUUACAAGAGCUACAAGGGCAUUGCCUUCAUGAAGCGUAGGAACGGCUCGGUGAUGAAGUUCAACAUUCAGUCCAGCAGAGUCAUGAUCGACCCGACUAUCUUUCGAAGGAUCAACCCCAACUACAAUGUCUCAACUGUCAAGCCCAAGGAUCCCGAUAUAAUCGAGGAAGAGACUUCGGAAUCGGACUCUGGGAACUGUGAGUGUUGCUCAGAUUCGGAGGACGGAGAGAAGAUCAAGUUUGUGAAGAAGGUCUACAAGGACGAGAACGGUGAAGUACAUAUGGUGAGAUUCCCUAAGAGCCUGAUGAAAGACGAGCCCGAGAACGCCGAACUCGAUGAGCUCCCCUCCAAAAAUGUGGAAGGCGAUGAUGACGAGGAGGUGGGCAUUGUCGAUUUCACGGAUGAGGACUAUCUCAUUGCCUCUCCAGUGGUACUUGGGUUCUCGUUUUCCGAAAAGCAAUGGUUGGAGUUCGCCGUUUCCUGCGUCAAUGACAUACAAUGGAACGAGAAGGCCUGGGACUCCCUGGUUCUGGAAGAUGGCACCAAGGACUUGAUCAAGGCCCUUGUGAAGUCACGCAAAUACCAUGCGGCUAACACCAUCGAUGAUGUUAUCCAGGGCAAGGGAAAGGGGCUUGUCACCGUCCUACACGGACCUCCUGGAACUGGAAAGACACUCACAGCUGAAGGAAUCGGAGAAUUGCUUCAAUGCCCACUUUAUAUGGCAUCGGCUGGUGAGUUAGGAACCGACUCGAGGUUUCUUGAGGCAGAGUUACAAAAGAUACUGGACAUUUGCCAUGCUUGGGGUGCUAUACUCCUGUUGGAUGAAGCAGAUGUGUUUCUGGAGAAGCGCAACAUGCACGACAUCCAUCGCAAUGCUCUUGUGAGUAUAUUUCUCCGUCAGUUGGAGUAUUUCCAAGGAAUUUUAUUUCUCACUACAAACCGAGUAGAGACAUUCGAUGAAGCCUUCCAGUCCCGAAUUCACAUCGCCCUGCGAUAUGACAAUCUCAAGUCCCCUGCGAAGCGGGCUAUCUUUAAGAUGUUCCUCGACCGUGUUCAUAAGCUGGGCAAGCUCAAGGUAGAGCCGUUGACAGAGGACGACCUGGACUUACUGUCGAAGCAAGCUCUGAAUGGACGUGAAAUCAAGAACGUGGUGGGCUCGGCUCAGGAUCUCGCCGUUAACAAGGGUGAGGCUCUUAGCAUGCGCCACAUCAGACAGGUUCUCGACGUCCAUGCCAAAUUUGGGCGGGAUUUGAAAGGAGGAUCUGGUUAUGAGGAUGCUAUGAGAAGCUACUUCUAAUCUUGGAUUGGGGAUGGUGUCGGUAACUGGUCAGCGGUGAUAUGACGGCAGAGAAGGCUUGUCGUAUGCUGAGCGUCUGAGA